GCAUUUGCAGGAACGCCACCCUUUUUUUAAACAGCACAACACAGAGAGAGCGGGCAGCAGCUCAAUCCUCGGGGCAAAAACUACCGUGUUUUAGAGAGAGAGAGCGAAAUUCACAGUUGGGCAUUAAGGAAUGGCAGAAACUGAGGAUAUUCAGCCUCUUGUCUGCGAUAAUGGAACCGGAAUGGUCAAGGCUGGAUUUGCUGGAGAUGAUGCUCCGAGGGCUGUGUUUCCUAGCAUUGUGGGUAGACCUCGACACACUGGAGUGAUGGUUGGGAUGGGACAGAAAGAUGCCUAUGUCGGGGAUGAGGCACAAUCCAAGAGAGGUAUUUUAACUCUAAAAUACCCAAUUGAGCAUGGCAUUGUUAGCAAUUGGGAUGAUAUGGAAAAAAUCUGGCAUCACACCUUCUACAAUGAGUUGCGUGUGGCUCCAGAGGAGCAUCCAGUGCUUCUCACUGAAGCUCCUCUCAACCCAAAGGCCAAUCGUGAGAAAAUGACUCAAAUUAUGUUCGAGACCUUCAACACACCCGCCAUGUAUGUCGCUAUCCAGGCUGUCCUUUCCCUUUAUGCCAGCGGUCGCACAACUGGUAUCGUUCUGGACUCUGGUGAUGGUGUGAGCCACACAGUCCCCAUUUAUGAAGGGUAUGCCCUCCCACAUGCCAUCCUGCGUCUUGACUUGGCAGGACGUGAUCUCACAGAUGCCCUCAUGAAAAUCUUGACCGAGCGUGGUUACUCGUUCACCACUACUGCAGAGCGGGAAAUUGUUAGAGACAUGAAAGAGAAGCUAGCCUACAUCGCGCUUGACUAUGAACAAGAGCUAGAGACAGCAAAGACCAGCUCAUCUGUGGAGAAGAGUUAUGAGCUGCCAGAUGGGCAGGUGAUCACCAUUGGGGCUGAGCGAUUCCGCUGCCCAGAGGUGCUGUUCCAGCCAUCCAUGAUCGGGAUGGAAGCUGCUGGCAUUCAUGAAACCACAUACAACUCCAUCAUGAAAUGUGAUGUGGAUAUUAGGAAGGAUCUGUAUGGAAACAUUGUCCUCAGUGGUGGCUCCACCAUGUUUCCGGGUAUUGCUGACAGGAUGAGCAAGGAGAUUACAGCAUUAGCUCCAAGCAGCAUGAAAAUUAAGGUGGUGGCACCCCCGGAGAGGAAGUACAGUGUCUGGAUCGGAGGCUCCAUUCUGGCUUCCCUCAGCACUUUCCAGCAGAUGUGGAUUUCAAAGGGAGAGUAUGAUGAGUCAGGGCCAUCAAUUGUUCACAGGAAAUGUUUCUAAUCAUGGAAAGGGGAAGGAUGGGAUGAAGACAUUUAUACUAUACAUUUUGUAUUACAAAGAGGUUUCUGAUCAUGUGAUUGCGGAAAAUGGUGCUUUUUUUUUUCCUUGCUUUUGUUUCUAUAUUGAUGUUUUGUAUUUCUCUUUUUCCAUGCUGGGACAAUGAAACAUGUAGGGGCAGCAGAAGAUGCCUAAAAUUCUUUUUUUUUUUUUUUUUUUUUCAUUCCUAUUUUUGGCAUAGAAGAUUUAUGUAUUGUUAUUGUUUUGGUUUGGGUUGAAUCAGGGGAUCUUUGUCAUUCUUCUUCAAGGGUUAUUUUGGUUAAUUAAAGUGAUGUAUACUUUCCAUGUGA